AUGUCAAGCAUUUUAAUCAGCUACCUAACAACCGCUCUUUGUGUGCUGGCGUUGACUUCAGCUAAGACAGUUUCCGGAAUAUUCAACGCACUUUCGAUAACGCCUCCAUCAUCUCUCUAUCCUGAGACCCUUUGGACUGCUAAACUCUCUUAUGCGGUGUCAUCCUCAAUGGGCGUGAAUCAAGGAGACACAUUUAGCAUAGAUCUGCCAUACGUAUUAAAAAUCUAUGGCGAGGUCACCAUCGGCUCUAGUAGCUACAUUACAAUCAGCGAUCAGAGCGGAAACACCAUUGCUAACUGCCUGAUCACAAAUGCUUUUACAGAUAGCGCAAGCUCUUCGCUAACAUGUACGUUCAGCCGAUCUGGCAUUCAAAGUGCCAGUGGCUCUAUUUCAUUCGACUUCGUUUUUUUGGAUGGUGGCUCCAUGUCUGCAGGAGCUGUUGCAGCAGCCAACAAUUGGAAACUAGGAACUAAUACCCUUUCAUGGGACGGUCUUACCGCUACCGUUUCAUUCAAAACUGGAGGCCGCGCCACUGUACCCGUUACCGCUUCCAGAUUUACCGGGUAUGACAAUCAGCUACCGGCGCCCAGCAACUCUGAGUUGUGUUAUUACGUAGGCCGAGCCUGCGCUACUCAAGCCUUUAACGAGGUUGUUUCUAUAGUUUAUCGCGGGGCUCCUAACAAUAACGGUGCUUUGGACUCAUGCAGCGGGGUCACAGUUGCAAUGGCAAACAGUUUCAACGCCUGGAACAUGCCUAUGAAUCCUGUAACCAUCCCGUCAGCUUCCUAUAAACUCAGUUGUUCCAGUAACACCGUUGUAGUAAGUGCAACUAGUAUCCCUGCCGGGUAUCACAUCUUUGUUGAUGCUUACCAAGUUGUAAGCCGAGAUUACUCGGGCGCGAUAUCUUUCACGAAUACAUAUUACGAGUCAUUGGCAUGUGGCAAGUCAACCAUACACACCGGUUAUGCUAGAGUCCUGGGAUUUACUUCUGGCUCAGCUAGCGGCGCUGGAUCAGGCAAGUAUGCAACACCCACAACAACAACUGCCGGCUGGUCGUCGUCAUACACAUCAACGACAACAUCUAUCCAAGCAGCUACCGGUUCUGAUGGCAACUUGUAUCCGCAGACCGUUGUUGUCAUAGAAGUUCCUACUGUGGGGUCCACAUCGCUUUCUUAUUCUCGUUGGACUGCUACACAAGAGUCAACUUAUAGUACUGCCCUAUUAUCUACUACUGGAAAGGAUGGUACAAUUACUGUUACAACAGUAUACUAUGUGGAAACUCCUAUAAGUCGGGCCCAAAGUACAACGAUGAUGCCUCAGAGCGUGCCUAGCACCUCAACGUUUUCGACAAAUGUGUUCACUACCACAGGAGCAGACGACUUGCCAACCCUCGAGACACUUUAUUACGUUUGGACACCUAUAGUAGCAUUAACAUCAACAACGUCAGCACCUUACAGCGGUGCUGAAACUUCGACUUACGCUACUGAGUUGACAACUUUCACGGGCGAGGACGGGAAGCAGACCGUGGAGACCAUCUACUAUGUGGAGACUCCAAUUGUGGAUGUCACAUCUGCCACUACCAGACCAUACAGCGGCGCUGAGACAACCACCUACACCACCGAAUUGACAACUUUCACUGGCGAGGACGGGAAGCAGACUGUCGAGACAAUUUACUACGUGGAGACUCCAAUUGUGGACGUCACAUCUGCCACUACCAGACCAUACAGCGGUGCUGAGACUACGACUUACGCUACUGAGUUGACAACCUACACUGGUGAGGACGGGAAGCAGACUGUCGAGACCAUAUACUACGUGGAGACUCCAAUUGUGGACGUCACAUCUGCUACUACUAGACCAUACAGCGGUGCUGAGACAACCACCUACACCACCGAAUUGACAACCUUCACUGGUGAGGACGGGAAGCAGACCGUGGAAACCAUCUACUAUGUCGAGACCCCAAUUGUGGACGUCACAUCUGCCACUACCAGACCUUACAGCGGCGCUGAGACUACGACUUACGCUACUGAGUUGACAACCUACACUGGUGAGGACGGGAAGCAGACCGUGGAAACCAUCUACUAUGUCGAGACCCCAAUUGUGGACGUCACAUCUGCUACUACUAGACCAUACAGCGGCACUGAGACUACGACGUAUGCUACCGAGUUGAGCACCUUCACCGGUGAAGACGGUAAGCAGACUGUAGAAACUAUCUACUAUGUCAAGACUCCAACCAGAGCCACGACUGUCUUCACUGGAUGGACCGGCACUGAGACCUCCACUUUCUCUACUGGCUUGACCACCUUCACCGGAUCUGAUGGCGAGCCAACCACUGAGACUGUGUACUACGUGGAAACUCCAACUAGAGCCACGACUGUCUACACCGGAUGGACCGGCACUGAGACCUCAACUUUCUCCACUGACUUGACCACCUUCACUGGAUCUGACGGCGAGCCAACAACCGAGACCGUAUACUAUGUCGAGACUCCAACCAGAGCCACGACUGUCUACACCGGAUGGACCGGCACUGAGACUUCCACUUUCUCCACUGACUUGACUACCUUCACUGGACCUGACAGCGAACCAACGACCCAGACCAUCUACUAUGUCGAGACUCCAACCAGAGCCACGACUGUCUACACCGGAUGGACUGGCACUGAGACUUCCACUUUCUCGACAGAUGUGACUACCUUCACUGGACCUGACGGCGAACCAACGACCCAGACCGUGUACUAUGUCGAGACUCCAACUAGAGCCACUACUGUCUACACCGGAUGGACCGGCACUGAGAUUUCUACCUUCUCGACAGAUGUGACUACCUUCACUGGAUCUGACGGCGAACCAACCACCGAGACCGUGUACCACGUCGAGACCCCAGUUGUCGCCACAAUUGUCUACACUAGAUGGACGGGAAGAUUCACUAGCACUUUCUCCACCGGGGUGUCUAUUCUGACGGGGCCAAACGGGCAAGCUACCACGCAAACUGUUUACUAUGUGGAAACACCAGCUUCCGCGUACUACGGCAACUCGACAAGCUUUAGCCAGGAUUCUGGAAGUACAUUGACCUCAGUCCCAAGCUCAACAGACAAGACUAGCUCUGCUCCUGGUUUCAGCUCAGCGCAGCCUACAACUCAAUCAUCUAGCAAAUCAAACUUGCCGGUCCCAAGCUCUACUAGCUCGAGCACGGCAACUGCAUCGUCGACCUCUGCCUCGUCGGCGUCAAGCUCCGCGGAUUCGGGCACCUCCACGGUCGUGGUUUCCACGCCAGUGUCUGCUUCGGCAACUACAACAAGUUUGUUUUCCAGUAGUCAAGAGUCUUCAGUGACCGAAGCAUCGAGCUCUUCAGCCUUAGUCACAUCCGCGGUCGUGGUUUCCACACCGGCGCCUACCUCGGGAACUACAACAAGUUUGUUUUCCAGUAGCCAAGAGUCUUCAGUGACCGAAGCAUCGAGCUCUUCAGCUUCGGGAACUCUUUCUGGCGCAACUUCCUCAACGACAAAGGGCUCAUUGGCCUCCGAUUCUACCGAGACUGUCACAGACGGAAACGUCGUUACCUCCACGGUGGCCGUCGCUCCAGGAUCCAAGUCCUACAGUAACACGGGUCUUACGAGCACGCCUGCUUCCGUUAGCCAAACGGGUACUGCCACCGGUCCUGAGUACUUGACGACUGGUCCUGCCAUUGGCUCUGCCACUGGUCCUGCCACUGGUCCUGGACCAGCGACAAACAGUGUCACUGCAAGCCCGAGCUCCCAAAUCCCCAAGCCCUCAGCUACCGAAUCUUCAAGUCCCGCGAGCAUUGAACAAAUAAGCGUUUCUCCUGAGGCAUCUAGCUCAGUUCCAAAUGCAAUGAAUAGUGCUACACAAGCUGCUGCAACUACUUCUUCAGCCUCUUUGGGUGGCAAUACUCCUGUAGCGGUAAACUCAGGAACGACUUCUACCAAACAAAUUGAGUCUGCGCCUUCUGCGCCUGAAAACCAUAGCAACAAAACCGGCGAUUCGGGCACCGAAUCUGACACCGCUACUAAGGCGGCAAUGGGAGCCAGCUCCAGCGCUUUGGGCUGGCACUCUGGUCAAACCACUACUGUCGCUCCAUCCUCGCAGCUCUCUGCUUCCGCCUCCACAACAAGUCCAUCGAGACAUAGCUCCUCGGUCUCUGUCUACGAAGGCGCCGCUAGCAGAAUAGGUUUAGGCUUCCUUUUCGCCUUGCCCUUGGCGCUAAUUUGA